AUGUCUUCUGUAACCAAAACAACACCAUAUGAAGUGAUGUUUGGACAACAACCUCGUUCUGAUUCUGAUUUUUGGAAGUUAAUUCAACAGAACGGUGUCGAAGAUGAAGAAAACUUACCAACUCCAGUUGCUGAAUUAGAUGAUGAUUUAAAUGAUGAUCAAGGUGAUAGUUUAAUUAAUUUCGACAAACGUAUUGAUGCUGACGUAGUUGAUCUUGUUAAUAAAUUAUCUAAUGAUGCUGUUUCUUGUUCAUUAUCUAACACACCAUCAACAUCCAGAUCGCCACCAAUUACCGAAAAAACACCAAAAAACCAUGAUUUGGUUCGCAAAAUUGCGACAGAUAAUUAUUUAACAACUGCUAAUAAAAAAAUGAAAUUAUAUCAAGAUAGUUUAAAUCUUAUUGCUAAUAAUUUUAAUAUAAAUGAUUGUGUUGGUAUUGCAAUUCAUACGGUUGAUAGAACAAAUACCGAUCCAAAAUAUUUACCAUGUUUAAUUAUUGAAAAAAACGAAAAAAAUAAUGUUUCUUUAUAUAAAUUAAUUUUGUCAAUAUGA